CUAUUGGUUUGUUGUGCGAGGAGGGAGAUUUGAUUCUGGGGCUUUGAAGAAAACGGAAAAAGGUUCGAGAACGUCCGACUGGGAGAAAGGCCCGGGGCCUUGUCCGAGCGGGAGGAGAGGCCGGGGCCCUGUCCGAGCGGGAGGAGAGCCCGGGGCCUUGUCGCUCUCUGUUGAGCUAAUCUUCCCAUUUCAGAUUGCCUCUUCUAAUGCGCCACCAGUCAGCCUUCAGAGGUCAUAGCCAUCAGAACUGCCUUCCAGAGUUGAGAUGGAAACGCUAGAGGAAUUUGAUCAAGAAUAUCCUCUGAGCAAGAUGUUCUGUAGACGCUUAACCAAAGAAGAAUUUGAGUCCGAAGCCCUGACCUAUACAGAAAAAGCACUGCAGGACUUAUUUCGCACUAUGGAUCAGAACCCAUCACAGUGUGAGAGAGUGGUGCGCAAACGAAAACAGGCUGAACUUGAAAAAGCUGGGUUGAAAUCCUUUAUUAAGGCUAAAUUUUUCACAGCUGUAGAUGGUCGGCUGAACCGCUGCAAUGCUGUUGGAUUGGAUGAAUUACAAGAAAGACUCCAAAACAUGAAGGACGAGAUGAGAAAAGUUCACGUGUAUGCUUGUGAGGCAAAAGGAAGUGCACAAAGGACCUCCAAGCGACUAGCUGAAAAGAGACGGAGGGGGCAGGGUGAGGUUUCUACCAGUGAAGAUUCUACACUACCUUCAGUCACUGCCAUUCCACCACCACCUCCACCUCCACCACCACCACCACCACCACCACCUCUUCCAGGUCCCAGUAAUCCAGCACUUAAAACUCCUCUGAAAGAUGAGUCGAAUCUUCACACAAGUGAAGCAAAGGUUUUGGCAACUCCAGCUCUGUUGGAGAGCUAUGGACUGGCCAGGCUCAACCGACGCUGUAAAAGUAUUGCAGAUCUGAGAGCUCCUGAGAAUGACAACAGCACUGAAUCCAUCCAAAAUAUCCACUCUGAACUGCUGUCUGCAAACCAUUUCAAGAGACUUCGUUCAACAGGCGUCCAUCGAUCUCCAGGUGGAACACCAUCCAAAGUCCCUAAAAGCCAGCAAGCACAGGAAGGGGAAAUGUGUUCUCCUGCAUCUGCCUUUAAUACAACAUUGUUGAAUAAAUUUCGCAACACAAAGAGUCCGAUUGAGAGUGCUCCGCGAUCACCAUCCAGCAGUGACAGUGAGAGCGCUGGAUUCGCCACACCUCCAGGAAGCCCAUGAGAGAGAGAAAGAGAAACUCUAACUUGACUCCCAAGAGUGACUGAAAUCUCUGGCUCAGACUCUUUCUUAAGAAAGGGUUUUAACUUACAAAUGUUUGACCUUGAUCAAAUAUUGACAUAAAGAAGAUGUGAUCUGAUCAGCAGAGUAAUAAGUGUUUCUGAUCCAAAACUAAAUUUUGGAAAAAGAAUCUCUACUUUUUAAACAGACAACCAAAAUAAUUUAAUUCACUUGUUCCUAUCUGUACCUCCAUUUUCUUCUACUGUGUUUGGAAAACUCAAAAUUAAUAAGGUUGUGGGACAAUCUCUUUACAUUAUUGCACUUUAUCUAAUUCAAUAUUUGCAAUGUUUGAGAGUUCCACCUUUUUUGAGGUAACUGGGUACAAAUCAGUUUAACAUUAGGAACAUCUUAGAUGUGGCUUCCCACGAUUACCCAGAAAUGUACAGGUUGAAGAAAAUGUUUUUAUUUUUAAUUGAGAAUAGUGUACUUCCAAACGUAUUUUUGCAGAGUCAAUCACCGUGCUGCUGUGCUUUAAAUAGCAUGGAACCUUGACAAAUCUGAAAAGCACUGGUUUCACAAUGUGAAGAGCUCCUGUUAGCCUUAACUUCUGCAACCCUUUUGCAUGAACUCAGAAGAAUGUGAUGCAAAUUGUGCCCCCAUACUGUUUAGUAACAUCAUUUAAUAUUUUCCUUCUGUUUACCUACAGAAAUGAUAAAAAUUUCUAUAACAUAUUGUAGGUAUAAGCUGUUAACCAUGCAUAAAUUCAGUAGGUCCAUUUCUUGUUUCUCUGACUUACUGUAAUUUUUGGAAUAAUGUUUCCAUGGUUUUGUAAACAAAACAAAUGAGGUUUUUAUGCAGUGAUGAUACCAGAAGUGCUAUUUUUCUGUUCACAGCUUUUCAAACUAAAGAGGGCUAAUCUGUAACUAUUUGCAUAUUUAUCUGAAGUUCUGAUUUGCUGGAUUGUGUUUGAUAGGUGCAACAUAAAUUAGGGUAUUAAUUUGUAACUGGGAAGCACCUAAUAUGUGAAAACAAAGGCAUUCUCCCAGGACCUGUGCUGUCUGUAAUUGUUAAACAGCAACGAGGCUAUUGGAACAGGAUAAUUCAAGGCACUUAUUGAAGUCCAUUUAUAGUCCAUGCCUUGGCGAGCAGACUAACCCAUUCCAUUUCUUGUUUCGGUCUCAAAGGUGCUUCUUAGAUGUUCUCUUUCAAUGUUUGCCUUGAAAAACUCUUGGGAAUAAGGCAAAAAUUUCUAAAGGAUUUAUACAUCUCAGCUGUUGUUUUUGAGAUAGGUUCUGUAAAAGGUCUUGCCAGUUGCCUUUCGUAUUAAGCAAUAUAUUAAAUCAGGGAUAAAUAUACAUGUUUUUAGAAGGAUUUACAAAUGGGUUGUGGAUUUUCUAAGCAAGCUUUAAUGACUCUUUUAUUUUGGGGGCUUAUGCCAAAGUGUUUAUUUUAAAUGAAUGGAUAAAAUCCUGCUUUAUAUUCUGCAGUCUUGCAUUUCUGUAUAUCUGCCUUCUGUAUAUCUAAUCAUCGAACAAAAAUCGUUAUUUUAACAUUAUAUAUAUAUUUGAAUUAGUUAGACUUCUGUGCAGCACUGUACAGUUUUUAAUGUACAUAUGAUAUGCACUCUGCACUAUCGCAGUAUUGAGAGUUCACUUGUUUUGGUCAUAGACCUAUGUACUAUAGAACUGUUUCACCACCUCCAUCAUAUUUCAAAGAUUGCUCAGUUUUUUU